GCACAUACAGGUGGUUCAGGAUCAUGUUGAAGUGAUUCACACUAGUGCUGCCAGUGUCUAUAUCUAUCUAUUCCUGUAUCUGUAAAUGAAAGGGCUUGAAAAUCAGAUGGAAAACAACCCUGUUUGUCUUCCUUGAUCAUGCUGAAGACUCGGCUGAAGAUCGAGGCGAGGGAACUGGACUUUGAAUUCGAGGUGCUCAACGUGCAGUUCAACGAGCUGGGAAAGUAUGUGUUGCGGCUGACCGUGGAGAACCCCCUGCUUGAAGACUCCGGGAUUGGGGUGCAGCUGCGGGUCAAUGACGGGGAAGUCCUCUAUACCAGCACGGGAACCACCGACGUCAUCCAACAAAGCAGCCUGGACGAGGUGUACACCUGUCUCCGAUGCAAGUUUGUCUUCACACUGCCACAAGGAUUCUGCAAAAAUGACAAAAACCACGACGUGCGCCUGAAAAUCGAGGCCUUGCGUGUUACGGACUCCCAGGUGAAGAAUGGCACCAAAGUCGGCGAGGCUUUCUUUGCCAUCUACCCACGAACCAACACUCCCCGAAUCAACCUGUACGCCCGCAAAGAAGAAGAGCUGUACCACUACAGCAACAUCAUGGCUCUGCUCCGCGUCCAAAACGACUACCUGGCCAUGCACUGCGGGCGCCUGGCCUACACCGUCUCCUUCCACGAGGCCCGGCCUCACCCUGACGGCACCAACACUACCUCCCGCAUGCCUUCCAUCCAGGAGGAGGGCAAGGGGGUUAGGCAAACUCCGCGAGCCCCCUCUCCUGCUCCCUCCACACUCAGUGUGCCCCCUUUAAUCCCUGAGCCCCCUCCAUCAGAGCCCACAGCUCAGCCGGAGCCUGAGUCAGAGAGGAGGGCCUCCCAUGAGUCGAUGCUGGAGAGCCCCAGCGAGAGCCUGCCGCCCACUCCCGAUGGAGGCCUCACAUCAUCACGGCCCCACAGACGACCCACCGAGGCCAGCCUGCACUUCCCCUCACCCCAGAACACGCCUGGGCAGAGCCCCGAACCUCUGCCAGCCACACACGUGAUGGAGGCCCCCCCCGGAAGAAAUGAGGUGACACGUUCCCCUCUCACCAACAACUGGCACGUGUCCCGUCCUGGAAUGGAGGCAAUUACCGUCAUCCUGCAUGGAGCAACCAACCUGCCCCCCCUGAACGACGGAGCCGUGCCCCAGCCAUUCGCCACAGUCAAGAGUGGCACGGAUGAGAAGCAGAAGCAGAGUGCUCAGGGAGUGACCCACGCCACCAUGCAGCCCACGCACUCCCCAUCGUGGGAGGAGAAGGUGACGGUGGAGGUGGCUCAAGAGGACGUCAAGGAUGAAGUGGUGAUCCUGAAUGUAGCAGACAGCCGAACCAAAGAGCUACUGGCCAGUUACCGGUUCCCAAUCCACUACCUGCAGCCCUUCCACCAUUAUCACAUGGAGCUUGUGCAGGCCCAUAAGAGAGUGCCCGCGGGGGUGCGGCUGUACGCCACGGUGGUGCGGAAAGGCAGUGCCAUCCCUCGGCAGCCCGGAUUCUCCUUCACUGGAUUUGAGGUGCUGCUGCAGGCUCUGGAAAAGCCAUUGCUGGAACCGGUUGGUCCUCUGUUAUCAGUGGCUCGAAUUGUGCCUGAUUAUGAGUCAUACAAGAGCACCAUGCUGGUGAGGACGCCCCGUGCGGCUGGGAUCACAGUAACCACCAUCACCUUCCCCAGCCUCCAUCUCUCCUCCUUUGAGGUGCCUCAGCUCUCCAGCCAGGGCUACCCCCAGGUCUCCCAGGCCGGGUUCCCCCAGGAGCAGCCCGGCUGGAACCACUCCUUCCUGUUCCACGGCAGAGACAGCGCCACGGCCUUCACCGGAGGGGCGGCCCUUGUGUUAGAGUACUACCCAGUCACUACAGUGAUGAACACGGUGUGCUGGCACAUCCGCAGCCCCCUGGGCUUCUCAGCACUGUCCCUCGAUGAGGACGUGUACCGCAAGCUGAUGGCAGAGAGCGGCCAGAGAGGGAUCCGUGUGGAAAAGCUGCCAGUGCAGGGCACCACUCUGAGAACCACCUCAAACACCAUCCCCAGUGUUGGCAUCAUUCUACGCCUCAUUGGUUCUGAGCGCCCGGACUCUCUCCUGGCCUCUGCCAACCCCAGCCUGCUUCCCACCCUCGACUCCAAGCCUCUGAGUGAGAACGGGGGAUCCCCGCCCCUUGUCCCCCCGCUGUCCUGGCCUUCAAAAUCCAACGAAGAGGAGGAGGGAUCCCCAGCCUCCCCUCCUACUGACUGGAGCACCCAGCCCCAGCCCCAGCAGCAGCAGCAGCAGCAGCACCAGCACCAGCCCCAGCCCCAGCCCCAGCACCCACUCCAACUCGAGCUGCAGAGAGAUGGGCUCAACCUUCCCUCCUACGACGCCCUGACGGAGAUCCUCCCUGAGUAUGAGCACCUGUUCAGGGCACCCAUCUCCACCAAGGGGGGGCAAGACCAGAGGGGAGGGCACAAACCCCACAGACAGGACCCCCCUCUCAGGCAGGACUACCCCGGCGAACAGGACCAUACGAACAGGCAGGCACCGCAUGGACAACACAAAGUUCAGGACCCCGAUCAAGACCCCCUCUCACUGUUCCACAGCCUCCGCUCUCCACACAAAAACAGGGACCCUGUCCGAGACCCUGUGUACGACAGCCAUGCUGCAGAAGUUAUUGAACAUGAAAGCAGGGAGCUGGAGAACUAUCGCACAGCCAUGCGCAAGAUGGCAGAGGACAUCAUUGCGCUGCGGAGACACGUGGGCAAUCUGGAGUCGGACAACAGCAAGCUGCGCAGCGAGCUGACCCUGCACCAGGACCUGGGGAAGACACUGCUGGACGAUACAGACAUCGACGUCAUGACCAAGGCUGAGAUCACUGACCGCAUCGAUACUGCCCCCCCCUCCCAAACACACACACACACACACACACACUCCUCUGCUUAGUACUAAAGCUCUGAUUCCACUGCCCAAUGUGCCAGUCUCAUAUCUGUUAUUGUUAAGCACCAUGCUCUUGAGCCUAGUAACUGUUUCCACUGUCAGCAAGGCUCUACUUGUUAAGUUCACUUAAUGGUAUAAAGAACCAGUUUAAUACAUAACAUACAUUAAAACAUAUAUACAGUACUGAUGCAAAUUAUGGAAACAACAAAUGAUUUACAGCAAGAGUGAAUGAUCACCUUUUUCUUGGUAAGGAGUAAAACUGAGGAUGGGGAGUUUGUUGCUGGAUAACUUCACUUAACCACGAGACUACCUAUGCACCUCCGGUCGCUAUGUCAAUCAUUCAUUUCCAUAAUUUGUGUCGGUACUGUAUAUGUAUUCUUUUCCUGUAUUAAACACUGUGUGCUCACUCAACCUGCAAUGAGAAUGCUUUACUGACCGUUCUCCAAACUGACACCUGAGUGAUCCUCCUACAAAGGGAAGCAAGACAACUGACAGUGGUGUUGAGAACGGGUUUGUAGGCAGUGGACAAAAAUGUAGUUUAAAGAGUUGAUUUGAUCAGCCUAUACAGUACAAGGGAAUCCACCUGGAUUUCAUAAACCACUUAUUAUCCCCAGUGCUGUAAGAUUAUUGAAAUAAAUACAGCUGUAGCCUAUCCUAGCUUGAUAUAGGUUAGUGCCUUCAUAGGUGUAAUACUAGUUGAAGCAUAGUAAAAACUUUCGCUACUUGACUUUGGUUAAUCUAUACCCCUACUAAACUUAAACUAGUACAGCACUACCUAGGGUUAUUAAGUCAACUUAUUCAUAAUGUACAUGCAGACAGACCAUUCAAAUUCCACAUUGCAUGAGCAUAUUAAAAUUUGCCAGGCACAAAUUCACCCUGUAACCUUAUGUUACAAUAGUUCACUUUUUUUUCUCAAUUUAAGGUUUACCUUUGGAAAAUGCUAAAACUUCUGUCAAAAUUAAAAAAAAAGGUUUGGGUGCAUUUUAAAUGUAAACGUUUUUUUUUUAUAUUUUAAGUCCAAGGUUAUCCUUGAUUCAUUUCCAAUGGAGUCCUCUGCUUUUUGCAAACGUGUUUGUGCCACCUUCAGAUAAGCCAGCUCAUUUUGGUGGCAAUGCAACAUGAUAAACGGCUCUGCGAUGAAUCUGUUAUCUCCUGAAGGACAGAUCCUGACCUUGAAAUGGCGUUCGGCUGCUUAACGGACAGUUAUGCUUGUGAACGCAUCUGCCCGUCGCUGUUCAAAGACACAAUUUACAAGCUUCCUUUUAAAAUGCUGCUUUUUUCCAUCUUUCCAAAGUUUCAGCUUGCCUUUCUGAUAAAUAUUCAGACAAUGUAGCAAACAAGUAAGUUGUUCAAAGCCUCACAGUUAAUUUAAAAAAUGUUGCUGUAAAAAGAUGUAUGUGAAGACAUAUCCAAUGCAUUUAAUCAUUUGGCUAUUUUAAAUUAGAUUUACAGUAGUUAUGGGUUUUUUUCUUCCUUUUUUGUCCUAUAUUGACAGUAUAUAAAGCCAGGCUAAGCAGUGGUGGGCAUACCCAAGAGACCGUUGUAAAAAUAUCGAAAUAAUCCAAUGAUAUGAUGGUAUUGUAGAUAUAGUUGAUUAUUCAUCAUACACUAGGAGACUGUAUUGGUUGGUCAAAGCAUGAGCAGAGCCUCAUUCAAACAUGUUGUUGCAUGUUAUAUACCCAACCGUCCACAAGACCAUUACAUGAAGAAAUCGGCAGUUUUUGGACACCGGUAUGACUUAGCUUGGCUUUCAGAUGUGUUUUGAACAAAGAUUUAAACAAAUGAAGCCUCUUAAAGUAUUUUGGUUCUGUAAAACCGGGAUACCCUUGUAAACGAAAUGUUGGAAACUUACUUAGGCUCAAACCUGCUAUGCAAUUAGAGUCAAAAACUAUGCUGGCUAUAUCUUAGCACCCACUAUGGGCACUAAAAACUAAAUAAAUCCUGUUAUUUUGCAGCCUCUCUGAAAUUCAAACUGGCCAGCGGGACGGCAGAGGUGAAAACUCACAAAGAUAAAAUCCAGCAGCUUCAGAACGAGCUGAUUCGG